AUGCCUUACAACUUCGUCAAGCCGAAUAGGGAUCCCGGGGCCGUAGACGAUGACGAAGAGAUGCGGAUUCAACAGGAGUUGAUUUCCUGGCGCCUGCAGAUGCGUGAGGAACGGCAGCGACGUCUGGUCGCGGCUGCUGCAAAGGCAGAACGGGCGCAGAAGCAUAUGAACCCGCCUACAGCCGGUGAGUCCUCUUCAGAGUUAAAAGUGGAAUACCGAGGAGAACCAGCACGCCAUUACGACCCUACAGCAUUGCAAGAGUACCGAAGAGAAUUGAAUGAAAUGAUGUGUACACUGGAUGGUGGUAAAAACACUCACUGGUACGCCGCGACGACGGCUCAGCAGCCCCGCCGCAUAAAGCAAAAAGGUGUCAUAUAUCAUGAGGCGCGAAGUGUGCUUAGGGGAUACAUUAAUCGUCCAACGCCGUCCAUCCCUCAGUCUGUCCGCAAGGCCCCCAAUGGGGCUCUGCAGGCAUACAGAGACGCACUUGCAGUGUCGACAAGGGCGUACUGCGAUGCAGCGGGUGGUGCCACCCCAUCGUCGUGGCACAAGAGACCGCUUCGCAGCAUCAGCGCCUGUGAACGCCGUGGGGGGACGUUGGCACCCGCUCCUGUCGCAACGACACGGUCAACAACGCUGCGAAAGAGACACACGGAACACUCACACACGGGCCAAAACUAUGGUAGGGACUCCCCGUUGAAGGCCAGCAAAGCCCACAGGAAAGGGCAAACAGCUCGGCUGGAGCAUUUCUCUCCGUCGAAGCUGGGGCUGACCAAGGCCUACCGUGACGCGAUGCAGAAAGGACACCAGCCGUAUCAUGUAAGGACGUCUCAGUCUAGAGAGGAACUGUCCCAGUAUAGUGACUCAUCGUCGUUGUGCCGUGGAGGGCGGAAGUCUGUGACGCAGCCGAUGGCGCCGUCGUCCCCCUUAGAGUCCCCCCAGCCUCGGCAGCCGACGGGAGGGCUGUACGCACGCCGAGAUGAGAAGUUUGCGGCCUCAGAUCAAACCUACAUGGAUGCACCACCAGCAGCGGAGGCGGUAGAUGUCUCUCCCUUGACUCCUGCGCUUGGUGGAUGUAAUACUUCGAUUCAAGGCGAGGAACGCCCUAGGCGGGAGCCGUCGCCGCUGCUGACGGAUCUUCUUAGCAAGCUCGCACUGCCGGCACCGUCGCUCUACCGUCCGGACCUGUUUCAGGGCCACGCACGUGCCGACAAUGGGCCCGCGGCUCGGUCGAUGCAGCCGCAACCACGGUUGUUUGAAGAUACCACCUCUCUGGAGCGAAACCUUUUCAGCGAUGAGGCGCAUAAGCGGUGA